AUGAAAGACACCGACUUUGAUGAUGAGUCAUUAGAAACAUUAAAACGUUAUAAACCUCGUAGUUUGGAUGAACUGGAAAAACGAACAAAAUUUACUAAGAAAGAAAUUCAAUUAAUCUAUCAAGGUUUUAAACAGGAAUGUCCCACAGGAAUAGUGAACGAAGAAACAUUUAAACAUAUUUAUGCACAAUUUUUUCCUCAUGCUGAUAGUUCAAAUUAUGCACAUCUUGUUUUUGCAACAUUCGAUUUAAGAAGUUCUGGUAUAGUCACAUUUGAGGAUUUUCUAAUUUGUUUAUCAACAUUGUGUCGUGGCUCAAUCGAAGAUCGUUUAAGAUGGGUAUUUACAUUAUACGAUACGAAAAAAAGUGGACGAAUAACCCGAGAAGAUUUACAUCAAAUAGUUUGUGCCAUUUACAGUUUACUUGGCACUUGCUCGACUCCACGAUACGAUGAUGACACAACCCGUGAGCAUACAGCGGAUGUUUUUAAGAAAUUUGAUGUAGGUCAAGGAUUUAUCACAAUUCAAGAGUUUAUGAAUACUUGUCUCAACUUUAAAUAUGGACGGUAUCCCGGAAAAAUUGCAGAAUAG